AUGGUGAGCAGGGAUGUCAUGCACGUCGACACCAUUAACGACGUCUUUGAUGAUAGGCUAAUGGUUUAUGUUGAUUACUGGACUGCCUUAGAGGAGGUGCAGCUCCGACACGCCGUUCAGGACCUGCCCGGACAGCUGGACGGCAUACUGAGCGAAGGGGGCGGUAAUCUGAGUGUAGGUCAGCGCCAAUUGGUGUGUUUGGCUCGAGCUAUACUCCGCCACAACCGCCUACUAGUGCUCGACGAGGCGACGGCUAAUGUGGACCACCGGACGGAUGCCUUAAUUCAGACCACAAUUCGCCACAAAUUCAGUGACCGUACGGUCCUUACGAUCGCUCACAGACUCAACACUAUUAUAGACUGCGAUCGCGUUUUGGUGUUAGACGCGGGAGAGAUCGUCGAGUUUGACGAACCCUUCGCUUUACUGCAACGGAGGGGACAGUUGUACGACAUGUGCAGAAAGACCGGCGAAGAUAUGUUCAACCAUUUGAUGAAUUUGGCCAAAGAGUCACAUCUCAAGAGGUCCACCACUAAUCAAAUGGUGGAGGAACUGGAGGACAGGGAUUUGAGUGAUGAUAACGAUGCCUUAGAGGAGGUGCAGCUCCGACACGCCGUUCAGGACCUGCCCGGACAGCUGGACGGCCUACUGAGCGAAGGGGGCGGUAAUCUGAGUGUAGGUCAGCGCCAAUUGGUGUGUUUGGCUCGAGCUAUACUCCGCCACAACCGCCUACUAGUGCUCGACGAGGCGACGGCUAAUGUGGACCACCGGACGGAU